AGCAUAAAAGUUAAAUCAUGGUCAGAUUUGAAGGUAUAGACUCCGUAGCUUGUUAAUUAAUUGCAAUUCGGUUUAAUUCAAUUUAAUUGUAACAUAAUUUAUAUUGCAAUAUGUAUUAUUGUGUCGUAAAAAUUGUCUGAAAUUAUAAAGUUUUAUUCUAAACCUAAUAUUUUAUAUGUUGUUUAAUAAAUAAACUUCUUAUUUUCUUAAAAAAAAAUAAAAUGAUAUUUUACCAGAUCGAUUGUAAAGAUAUGGGAGGAUGGAAUAACUUUAAUUUCACAAGCAACCAAUCCGAAAAGAUACUCAAUACGCUGGAGUUUAUACAUUGCGAAUUACCAAGCAUAACUACAUUACAAAAUGUGGUGAAAACACUAGGAGUAGAAGAAACAAAUACACUGAUCUUUCAAUCUUUUAAAGACCUUGGCGAUACACUAAAAAGAGAGCAUCUUCAAGAAUUUUCAAAUAUAACAAAAUUAGUUUUACUCCGAAACGGUUUAACAAAUAUUCCAUAUGAUUUGUUUUCGGAUUUAUUCAAAUUGGAGUACCUUGAUAUAUCUGAAAAUAAUAUUAUACUACCAAAAAAUAUUUUCGAAAAAACAAAGAAUCUUAAGCGACUGGAAUUAUAUGGAAAUAACAUAAAAGAAUUCGUCCCUGGAUUAUUUUCUGAUUUACUGUAUCUAGAGUAUCUAGAUCUAAUGGGAAAUUUAUUAGUAGAACUCGAUGCCGAAGUAUUUAACGAUCUAAUAUCAUUAAAAAAUUUGAACCUAGGAGUAAAUAUGUUAAAAACGUUACCGCAAUCAAUUUUUCGUAAAUUAAAGAGGUUGGAAAUAAUUGAUUUGUCUUUUAAUAAUUUAAUCUCUAUUCCAUCAAAACUGUUUGAUCAAAAUCAAAAAUUGCGACUGGUAGCACUUCAUAGUAAUAACGUACCUAAAAUAAAACUGCCCGAAAAAUUUUUGUCGAAUUUAGAAAAACUAGAAGAAGUCAUUUUGAGCAAUAAUAGAAUCGAAAAUCUAACAGAAAGUCUUUUCUGGGGUUCAUCAUCAUUAAAAUAUAUCCAUCUGAAUGAGAAUUUUCUUAAAACUUUACCCCAAAAUAUCUUUAGAGGUUUACAAAAUGUUGAGCUACUCUUAAUAAAUAACAAUCUAAUUGAAACUCUUCCUGAGGGAAUUUUUAAAGAUUUGGGAAAAUUAAAACUACUCGACUUGUCCAAGAAUCAUAUUGUUUCUAUAUCAAGGUACAUUAUUAUGCAAUUUAUGGAAGAUUUAUUUGUUAUYUAWUUUUUUUCUAAUAUGAAUAUUUUGUAGAAAUAUGUUUGAAGGUUUGACAUCUUUGACUGAACUCAACAUGGAAAGAAAUCAUUUGAAACAUAUCGAACAUGCGGCUUUAUCAACCAUUAGAAAUCUAACAAUUGCUAGGUUCUCUCAUAAUGAGCUACAGUUUAACUAUGCACGUAAAAAUCAGUCUCCUUUUUUUUAUAAUUUUCUUCUCAAAGAAUUGCAUUUAUCGUAUAAUGACAUACAACAUUUCUUUUCCCAUUUCUCGAUAAAUAAAUUCUACUUAACAUUAUUAGAUUUGAGUCACAACAACAUAAAUACCAUAUCGGUAAUUAUCAUAUUUUAUUAUUCAAACAUAUAUUCAAGUAUUAUUAUUUUAAUUAAUCAAAGUGAUUUAAUC